UUNCAAGCAAGGAUUAGAAGGGCAAUGAUCAUGCGUGGAAAGAAAAUGAAAACCUCAUAUCCAUGUGAAAAUCUAAUUCUAGUGCCUAUCUCGAAUUCUAAUGGUUCUCAAAAUCUUGAGAGUAAUUUGAGCCAUAUGGUGAGCAAUAUUAGCGUGUCAAGAACUCCUCCGAGUGAUAUUUCAAAUUCUAAUUCUGUGCUUUGCUUUUCUAAUGGUGAUAAACGAUCUACCCAUCAUUUCGAAAGGACAUCAAUUACCUACUCUUCUUUUUCAUCCAUCAUUCAUCCAGAUUAUGUGAAUACCUCAAACACAUAUUUCCCUCCCCAAAUCCGAGUUGGAAAGCAUAUCAUUCAAGAUAAAAACGUAUUAGAGUCACUUUCAUGGAAUGCUAAUAAGGAUGUGGAAUUCUCAAUGCUUGACAAAGAUCUAAAAGAUGGUGCUAAUACUAGAGGUCCUAAUCAUCUUGGAUUCUGUGCCAACCACAUUGUUGACGAAGGUUCCUCUAUCGAUUAUAUGCAGAAAAAGAAUGCGAGAUUGAAGAGAAGUUUAAUUAUGAGUGAAAAGUGCGUUAAGAUCCAAAAGCAUGCAGCAUAUAUUGAUGUUGAUGUUGAUGAAGAAGAGUCACAGUACAAUUUGGAUGCAACAGUUCAAGUAGAAGUUCUGAUGAGUUUGACACCACAAUUGUUAACGAGCUCAAAAGUAUGCUAGAUGAAUGCAAUUGUUUAGCCAAAUCAUUCAGAAUGGUAAGAGAUAGAUUUGUGGUAGAAGAGUAUCAAGACUUAAAAUUGAGGCUAUUAAGAAAAAGAGGAACUGAUGGAAGAAGAUACAAUCUUCCAACCUCAUCUGAAGUGGCGGCUCUUAUUGUUGGAGAUAUUGAAAAGAACACUGUUGAAACAGAUAUUGUAGUCGAAACUCAAACUGGCUUAUUAUAACGAAUACAUGAACUACAUCCAUCUUAUCUUCCAAUGCAGUAUCCUUUAUUAUUUUCUUA